CCCCCUUGCCCUCUGGUCUCAGGUCCACGCGGGAAAGGCGCCCGGGGUGGGGCCGCGGAGCAGCGCGCCUGCGCGGUGUCCGCAGACCCGCCGCUGCGCGCCGGGCCCCGGGUUGCCAUGGCGACGCGUGCCCACGGAGGGAGCCUGGGAGGGCCACGCGGGGCAGCUUCUUGGUUGGCGUGACCCAACCGUCGGUCUAGGGAGGAGAGGGUCGGCGCCGUGAGGUCUCGCCUUCAAGAUGUCUGUCAAACCUGAGAAGAAGAGAAAAUUGGGUGGCCGGGGAGGCUCCCGGAUAGGCCGGGCUGGCCGAGGUGCCCAGUCUGCCUCGGGCUCAGAGGCUGAGGAGGCUUCCCCGCUCUCUUUCCUGGAGCCAGAGCCUGAGAUCAUCAGGGAGGAGUUUGAGCAAGUCCCAGAGUUACCUGAAGUCGGUGAAGGGAUGGAUGCUUCGACCGAUGUGAAGCCCCUUUUCCUCGCUCGAACUAUGCUGACUGGACUGGCCGAGUCCACGUGGACAACCGAGCACGACAUGGUGCUGGAGCGCUUCGUCCAGGACCCCUCGGAACCUGUCCUCACCAUCUUCGUGGACCCCAUUUGUGGGCUGAAGCUGGAGCUGGGCAUGCCUGUUCAGACCCAGGACCAGAUUGUGUACUUCAUUCGCCAAACCCCGGUCCCCAUCACCCCAGACAACUUUGCGGCAACCGUGCAGUUCGGGACAGUGCGUGGUGCCUACAUCCCAGCCCUGCUUCGCCUGCUCACGGGUGUCUACGUCCCGCAGAUUUUUGUGAACACCACUUGGCCUGAAAGCAUCCGAAGUCAUUUUGUGUCACAUCUGCACAGGUUUCUGGCCUGUCUGACAGAUACGCGGUAUAAACUGGAGGGCCACACUGUCUUGUACAUCCCGGCAGAGGCCAUGGACAUGAACCCUGAGGUGGUGGUAAAGGACAAAGAGCUGGUCCAGCGGCUGGAGACCUCCAUGAUCCACUGGACCCGGCAGAUCAAGGAGGUGCUGAGCACUCAGGAGUCUGUGGAGAUGGGGGAGAACCUCGGGCCCCUGGAGGAGAUCGAGUUCUGGCACAACCGCUGCACGGACCUGUCGGGCAUCAGCAAGCAGCUGGUGAAGCAGGGCGUGAAGCACAUCGAGGCCAUCCUGCAGCUGGCCAAGUCGUCCUACCUGUCGCCCUUCGUGAAGCUGGCUCAGCAGAUCCAGGACGGCUCCCGCCAAGCCCAGUCCAACCUGACGUUCCUGUCCAUCCUGAGGGAGCCCUACCAGGAGCUGGCCUUCAUGAAGCCCCUGGACAUCGCCGACAAGCUCCCCAAGCUCAUCAGCCUCAUCCGCAUCAUCUGGGUCAACUCCCCGCACUACAACACUCGGGAAAGGCUGACCUCCCUGUUCCGGAAGAUGAGCAACGAGAUCAUUCGCCUGUGCUGUCACUCCAUCUCCCUGGACCGGAUCUUCGAGGGCUACGUCAUUUCCAGCAAGGAGGACCUGCAAGGCUGCAUCUUCUGCUGCCAGGCUUGGAAGGAGCACUAUCUGCGCGCCGUGCAGAUCCACACGCAGUUCUCCAACCGGGGCUGGGUUCUGGACCAGACCAGCAUAUUCGCUCAGGUAGACGCCUUCGUGCAGCGCUGCAAAGACCUCAUCGAGGUAUGCGACUGUCAGUACCACUUUGCCCGUUGGGAAAACGGCAACCAGGGGCCCCUUCCCUGCUUCUUCGGUGCCCAGGGGCCACAGAUCACACGGAACUUGCUGGAGAUCGAGGACAUCUUUCACAAGAACCUGCAGACGCUUCGAGCCGUCCGCGGGGGCAUCCUGGACGUGAAGAACACCUCUUGGCAUGAGGACUACAAUAGGUUCCGUGUUGGGAUCAAGGACCUGGAGGUGAUGACCCAGAAUCUGAUCACCUCGGCCUUCGAGCUAGUGCGGGACGUGGAGCACGGAGUGCUGCUUUUGGACACGUUUCACAGGCUGGCUUCCCGGGAGGCCAUCAUGAGGACCUAUGAGAAGAAGGCUGUGGACCUCUACAUGCUGUUCAACAGUGAGCUGGCCCUGGUGAACCGCGAGCUCAACAAGAAGUGGCCCUACCUGGAGCCCUACAUGGGCCAGUUCUCCGGGCAGGCGCACUGGAUGCGGAUCCUGCGGCGGCGCAUCGACAGAGUCAUGAACUGCCUUUCGGGAGCCCAUUUCCUGCCCCAUAUUGGGACGGGAGAGGAGAGUAUACACACCUACCAGCAGAUGGUCCAAACCAUUGAUGAACUGAUCCGAAAAACCUUCCAGGAGUGGACGGCAACGCUGGACAAGGACUGCAUCAAACGGCUGGACACGCCGCUGUUGCGAGUUAGCUCAGAGAAAGCAGGCAUGCUGGACGUGAACUUUGACAAGUCGCUCCUGGUUCUCUUCGUGGAGAUCGACUACUGGGAGCGGCUGCUGUUCGAGACGCCCCACUACGUGAUGACCGUGGCCGAGCGCGCCGAGGACCUGCGCAUCCUCCGCGAGAACCUGCUGCUGGUCGCCCGGGACUACAACAGGAUCAUUGCCAUGCUGUCCCCAGACGAACAGGCCCUGUUCAAGGAGCGGAUCCGCUUCCUGGAUAAGAAGAUCCACCCGGGGCUGAAGAAGCUGCAUUGGGCCCUGAAGGGAGCCAGCGCGUUCUUCAUCACAGAGUGCCGCAUCCACGCCAGCAAGGUGCAGAUGAUUGUGAAUGACUUCAAGGCGGCCACACUGACCAUCAGCUGGAAGGCCCAGGAGAUGUCGGAGAUGCUGCUGGUGCGCAUCACGGGCAAGCAGGUGUACAGGGACCUGGAGUUUGAGGAGGCCCAGAGGGAGCACCGGCUGGCCGUCCAGCAGAAGCUGGUGAGCCUGCACCAGGACGUGGUGAACAUCAUGGCCAACUCCUACGAGGUGUUCAAGAACGACGGCCCUGAGAUCCAGCAACAGUGGAUGUUCUACACCGUCCGUCUGGACCGCAUGAUGGAAGACGCCCUGCGCACGAACGUGAAGUGGUCCCUGCUGGAGCUCUCCAAGGCCAUCAACGGGGACGGGAAGACCACGCCGAACCCACUUUUCCGGGUCCUUGUCAUCCUACAGAAUGAUCUGCAGGGCGAGGUGGCGCAGGUGGAGUUCUCCCCGACUCUGCAGACCCUGGCCAGCGUGGUCAACGACACGGGCGGCCACCUCUUCUCCACUAUCUCUGUCUUCCGCCACCUCCCCGACAUCCUCAUGAAGCGAAAGAUGACUCGCGAACCCAUCCACGUCCUCGUGGAGCGGGACGAGGACAUCAAGAAGAUCCAGGCCCAGAUCAGCAGCGGCAUGGCCAACAACGCAGCUCUGCUGCAGAACUACCUCAAGACGUGGGACAUGUACCGGGAGAUCUGGGAGAUCAACAAGGACUCGUUCAUCCGCCGCUACCAGCGCCUCAACCCCCCUGUCUCCUCUUUUGACGCCGACAUUGCCCGCGUGGGCCACACAGCGGCGCUGGAACAGAUUGCGCAGAUGCGCGCCAUGCUGAUGGCCAUGAGGGAAGAGGAGAACAGCCUGCGGGCCAACCUGGGCAUCUUCAAGAUUGAGCAGCCAUUCUCCAAGGACCUCCAGAACCUGGAGAAGGAGCUCGAGGCGCUGCAGCAGGUGUGGGAGAUCACGCGGGACUGGGAGGAGAGCUGGAACGAGUGGAAGACCGGCUGCUUCCUGACCCUGCAGACGGAGGCCAUGGAGAACAUGGCCCACGGGCUGUACCGCCGCCUCACGAGGCUGGCCAAGGAGUACAAGGACCGGAACUGGGACAUUAUUGAGACCACGCGCUCCAAGAUAGAGCAGUUCAAGAGGACCAUGCCGCUCAUCUCCGACCUGCGGAACCCCGCCCUGCGAGAGAGGCACUGGGACCAGGUCAAAGAAGAGGUCCAGAGGGAGUUCAACCAGGAGUCGGAGAGCUUCACCUUGGAGGAGAUCGUGAAGAUGGGCAUGGACCAGCACGUGGAGAAGAUCUCGGAGAUCUCUGCCUCCGCCACCAAAGAGCUGGCCAUAGAGCUGGGGUUACAGAACAUCGCCAAAACCUGGGAUGUGACUCGGCUAGACAUAGUGCCCUACAAAGACAAGGGCCACCACCGCCUCAGGGGGACGGAAGAAGUGUUCCAGGCCCUGGAGGACAACCAGGUGGCUCUGUCGACCAUGAAGGCCUCUCGGUUCGUGAAGGCCUUUGAGAAGGAUGUGGACCACUGGGAGCGCUGCCUCUCCCUCAUUCUGGAGGUCAUUGAGAUGGUCCUCACGGUGCAGCGCCAGUGGAUGUACCUGGAGAACAUCUUCAUUGGAGAAGACAUCCGCAAGCAGCUGCCCAGCGAGUCAGCCCUGUUUGACCAGGUCAACAACAACUGGAAAGCCAUCAUGGACCGGAUGAGCAAGGACAACAACGCUCUGCGAAGCACCCACUACCCAGGCAAGAGCUCCGCAGGCCCCUGCUGGGCAGCCCCAUGGUGGCUUAGAGCAUGGGCUACAGAGUCAGCCUGGGGUUCAAAACCCACCCAAGGCUUUCCGGGUCAUCUGUGUGGCAGUGUGUCGAUACUCAACAAGUAUUCGGAAGCCAUCAGGGGGAGCUUGACCAAGAUCAUGAGGCUUAAAAUUGUGGCUCUGGUGACCAUAGAGAUCCACGCCCGCGACGUGCUGGAGAAGCUGUAUAAGAGCGGCCUCAUGGACGUCAACGCCUUUGACUGGCUCAGCCAGCUCCGCUUCUACUGGGAGAAGGACGUGGAUGACUGUAUGAUCCGCCAGACCAACACGCAGUUCCAGUACGGCUACGAGUACUUGGGGAACUCUGGCCGGUUGGUCAUCACGCCGCUGACAGACAGAUGUUACAUGACGCUGACCACGGCCCUGCACCUUCACCGCGGCGGCUCCCCCAAAGGCCCGGCGGGCACUGGAAAGACGGAAACCGUCAAGGACCUGGGCAAGGCCCUGGGCAUCUACGUCAUCGUGGUCAACUGCUCCGAGGGCUUGGACUACAAGUCCAUGGGGAAGAUGUACUCGGGGCUGGCGCAGACGGGGGCCUGGGGCUGCUUUGACGAGUUCAACCGCAUCAACAUCGAGGUGCUGUCCGUGGUGGCGCAGCAGAUCCUGUCCAUCCUGUCCGCCCUGACCGCCAACCUCAGCCGCUUCUACUUCGAGGGCUUUGAGAUAAACCUGGUGUGGUCCUGUGGGAUCUUCAUCACCAUGAACCCCGGCUACGCCGGCCGCACAGAGCUUCCGGAGAACCUCAAGUCCAUGUUCCGCCCGAUCGCCAUGGUGGUGCCCGACUCCACGCUGAUAGCGGAGAUCAUUCUCUUCGGGGAGGGCUUUGGCAACUGCAAGACCCUGGCCAAGAAGGUGUACACGCUGUACUCGCUGGCCGUGCAGCAGCUGUCCCGGCAAGACCACUAUGACUUCGGCCUGCGCGCCCUCACGUCCCUCCUGCGCUACGCGGGCAAGAAGCGCCGGCUGCAGCCCGACCUGUCUGAUGAAGAGGUCCUGCUGCUGUCCAUGAGGGACAUGAACAUCGCCAAGCUGACCUCCGUGGACGUGCCCCUGUUCAACGCCAUCGUUCAGGACCUCUUCCCCAACAUCGAGCUGCCAGUCAUCGACUACGGCAAGGUAUUUGCUUUGUUCCCUUUCCUUCCUUUCUCUGUCUUUCUCCUUCCUUCCUUCCUUCCUUCCUUCCUUCCUUCCUUCCUUCCUUCCUUCCUUCCUUCCUUCCUUCCUUCCUUCUGUUCGGUGGGUCCGGAGUUAGACUCCAAUCGGCAGGCUUGGCUGCAGGUGCCUGCACUCUACUCGCUGAGCUACUUGCUGGCCCAGUAUUUAUGCUUUGAUCUCAUGUGUGACCUUGCAUCUGGGAACAGGAAGUGUGAAUCCCCGAACUUCAUUCAUACUUUCACCAUUUACCAGGUUUUCCAGGGCAUGCUGAGAGCCAACAAGGACUUCCAUGACACCAAGUCCAGCAUCACCAGGCUCUGGAUCCACGAGUGUUUCAGAGUGUUCUCGGACAGACUGGUUGACACCACAGACAUGGAGGCCUUCGUGGGCAUCCUGAGCGACAGGCUCGGCACCUUCUUUGACCUCACGUUUCAUAAUCUCUGUCCCAACAAGCGUUCUCCCAUCUUCGGGGACUUCCUGAAGGAGCCCAAGGUCUACGAAGACCUGACAGACCUGACAGUGUUGAAGACAGCCAUGGAGACGGCCCUGAACGAGUACAACCUGUCCCCUGCCGUCGUCCCCAUGCAGCUGGUGCUGUUCCGGGAGGCCAUUGAGCACAUCACGCGGAUAGUGCGGGUGAUCGGGCAGCCUCGAGGCAACAUGCUGUUGGUGGGCAUCGGGGGCAGCGGCCGCCAGAGCCUGGCCCGCCUGGCCUCGUCCAUCUGCGAGUACAACACCUUCCAGAUCGAGGUCACCAAACACUACCGCAAGCAGGAGUUCCGAGAAGAUAUCAAGCGCCUGUAUCGCCAGGCGGGGGUGGAGCUGAAGACCACAUCUUUCCUUUUCGUGGACACCCAGAUAGCCGACGAGUCCUUCCUGGAAGACAUCAACAACAUCCUUAGCUCAGGCGAAGUGCCCAAUCUCUACAAGGCUGACGAAUUUGAAGAGAUCCAGAGCCAGAUCAUAGACCAGGCCCGGGCGGAGCAGGUCCCCGAGUCCUCCGACAGCCUCUUCGCGUACCUCAUCGAGCGCGUGCGCAACAACCUGCACAUUGUGCUGUGCCUCAGCCCCGUGGGAGACCCCUUCAGGAACUGGAUCCGCCAGUACCCGGCCUUGGUGAACUGCACAACCAUCAACUGGUUCUCAGAGUGGCCCCGAGAGGCCUUGCUGGAGGUGGCCGAGAAGUACCUCAUAGGCGUGGACCUGGGGCAGCAGGAGAACAUCCACAGGAAAGUGGCCCAGAUCUUCGUGACCAUGCACUGGUCCGUGGCGCAGUACUCCCAGAAGAUGCUGCUGGAGCUGCGGAGAUACAACUACGUCACACCCACAAACUACCUGGAGCUCGUGUCUGGAUAUAAAAAGCUUCUGGGAGAGAAACGGCAAGAGCUGCUGGACCAGGCCAACAAGCUGCGGACGGGAUUGUUCAAAAUCGAUGAGACCCGGGAAAAGGUGGAAGUGAUGUCGCUGGAGCUGGAGGAGGCCAAGAGGAAGGUGGCAGAGUUCCAGAAGCAGUGUGAGGAAUACCUGGUCAUCAUCGUGCAGCAGAAGCGGGAGGCCGAUGAGCAGCAGAAGGUGGCGGAGAAGCUGGAGAUGCUGAAGAAGCAGUACGACGAGAAGCUGGCGCAGAAGGAGGAGCUGCGCAAGAAGUCCGAGGAGAUGGAGCUGAAGCUGGAGCGGGCCGGGAUGCUGGUGUCAGGGCUGGCCGGCGAGAAGGCCCGGUGGGAGGAGACCGUGCAGGGCCUGGAGGAGGACCUGGGUUACCUGGUGGGUGACUGCCUGCUGGCUGCUGCCUUCCUGUCCUACAUGGGGCCCUUCCUCACCAACUACCGGGACGAGAUCAUCAACGAGAUCUGGAUCAGGAAGAUCCGGGAGCUCCAGGUCCCCUGCUCGCCUCGCUUUGCCAUCGACAGCUUCCUGUCUAAUCCUACCAAAGUCCGGGACUGGAACAUCCAGGGCCUGCCCUCAGACUCCUUCUCCACUGAGAACGGCAUCAUUGUCACCAGGGGCAACAGGUGGGCCCUCAUGAUCGACCCUCAGGCCCAAGCCCUCAAGUGGAUUAAGAACAUGGAAGGGAACCAGGGCCUGCAGAUCAUCGACCUGCAGAUGCACAACUACCUCCGAGUCCUGGAAAAGGCCAUCCAGUUCGGGUUUCCGGUGCUGCUCCAGAACGUGCAGGAGUACCUGGACCCCACACUCAACCCAGUGCUCAACAAAUCUGUGGCUCGGAUCGGCGGCCGGAUGCUGAUGCGCAUCGGGGACAAGGAGGUGGAGUACAACCCCAGCUUCCGCUUCUACCUCACCACCAAGCUCUCCAACCCCCACUACAGCCCGGAGACCUCCGCCAAGACCACCAUCGUCAACUUCGCUGUCAAGGAACAGGGUCUGGAAGCCCAGCUGCUGGGCAUUGUGGUCCGGAAGGAGCGGCCGGAGCUAGAGGAGCAGAAGGACUCGCUGGUCAUCAACAUUGCUGCGGGCAAGAGAAAGCUCAAAGAGCUGGAGGAUGAGAUUCUGCGCCUGCUGAACGAGGCCACCGGCUCCCUGCUGGAUGACGUGCAGCUGGUGAACACGCUGCAGACGUCCAAGGUCACGGCCUCGGAGGUGACGGAGCAGCUGGAGACCAGCGAGACCACGGAGAUCAACAUUGACCUGGCCCGCGAGGCCUACCGCCCGUGUGCCCAGCGGGCCUCCGUGCUGUUCUUCGUGCUCAACGACAUGGGCCGCAUCGACCCCAUGUACCAGUUCUCGCUGGACGCCUACAUCAGCCUCUUCAUCCUCAGCAUCGACAAGAGCCACCGCAGCAACAAGCUGGAUGACCGAAUCGAGUACCUGAACGACUACCACACCUAUGCCGUCUACAGGUACACCUGCCGAACCCUUUUUGAACGCCACAAGCUGCUCUUCAGUUUUCACAUGUGUGCCAAAAUCCUGGAGACUUCUGGGAAACUCAACAUGGACGAGUACAACUUCUUCCUGCGUGGGGGCGUGGUUCUGGACCGGGAGGGCCAAAUGGACAACCCAUGCACCAGCUGGCUGGCAGACGCCUACUGGGACAACAUCACGGAGCUGGACAAACUGACCAACUUCCACGGCCUCAUGAACUCCUUUGAGCAGUACCCUCGGGACUGGCACCUGUGGUAUACCAACUCUUCACCGGAGAAGGCCAUGCUGCCAGGAGAGUGGGAAAACGCGUGCAACGAGAUGCAGAGGAUGCUCAUCGUCCGCUCCCUGCGCCAGGACCGCGUGGCCUUCUGCGUCACCUCCUUCAUCAUCUCCAACCUCGGCUCCCGCUUCAUCGAGCCACCCGUGCUAAACAUGAAACUGGUGAUGGAGGACUCUACCCCCCGAUCCCCACUAGUGUUCAUCCUGUCCCCCGGCGUGGACCCCACCAGCGCUCUGCUCCAGCUGGCGGAGCACACAGGCAUGGCCCACCGCUUCCACGCCCUGUCCCUGGGCCAGGGCCAGGCCCCCAUUGCUGCCCGGCUCCUCCGAGAGGGUGUGCUACAGGGCCACUGGGUGUUCCUGGCCAACUGCCACCUGUCGCUGUCUUGGAUGCCCCAUCUGGACAAGCUGGUAGAACAGCUGCAGGUGGAGGACCCUCACCCUUCCUUCCGCCUCUGGCUCAGCUCCAGUCCUCACCCCGACUUCCCCAUCUCCAUCCUGCAGGCCAGCAUCAAGAUGACCACAGAGCCACCGAAGGGUCUAAAGGCCAACAUGACUCGCCUGUACCAGCUGGUGACGGAGGCCCAGUUCACUCACUGCUCCAAGCCCGCCAAGUACAAGAAGCUGCUGUUCGCGCUCUGCUUCUUCCACUCCAUAUUGCUGGAGCGCAAGAAGUUCCUGCAGCUCGGCUGGAAUAUUGUCUACGGCUUCAACGACUCCGACUUUGAGGUGUCUGAGAACCUGCUGAGCCUCUACCUGGACGAGUAUGAGGAGACACCCUGGGACGCCCUCAAAUACCUCAUUGCCGGCGUCAACUACGGCGGACACGUCACAGAUGACUGGGACCGGCGCCUGCUCACCACCUACAUCAACGAUUACUUCUGUGACCUGAGUCUCUCAACCCCCAACUACCGGUUGUCUGUACUGGAGACUUACUUCAUCCCGAAGGACGGGGCCUUGGCCUCUUACAAAGAAUACAUCAGCAUGCUGCCCAGCAUGGACCCCCCUGAGGCCUUUGGCCAACACCCCAAUGCCGAUGUGGCCUCGCAGAUCACUGAGGCCCGGACCCUCUUUGAGACUCUGCUUUCCCUGCAACCCCAAAUCACACCCACCAGGAUUGGGGGCCAGAGCCGAGAAGAGAAGGUCCUCGAGCUGGCUGCUGAUGUGAAGCAGAAGAUCCCUGAGAUGAUUGAUUACGAGGGCACCCGGAAGCUGCUGGCUCUCGACCCGUCCCCGCUCAAUGUGGUCCUCCUGCAGGAGAUCCAGAGAUACAACAAGCUGAUGAAGACCAUCCUGUUCUCCCUGACAGACCUGGAGAAGGGCAUCCAGGGCCUCAUUGUCAUGUCAACAAGCCUGGAGGAGAUCUUCAAUUGCAUCUUUGACGCUCAUGUGCCUCCGCUCUGGGGAAAGGCAUAUCCCUCACAAAAGCCUCUGGCGUCCUGGACGCGGGACCUGGCUGUGCGCGUGGAACAGUUUGAGCUGUGGGCCAGCCGAGCCCACCCUCCUGUGAUCUUCUGGCUGUCUGGCUUCACUUUCCCCACGGGCUUCCUCACCGCCGUGCUGCAGGCCUCGGCGCGCCAGAACAACAUCUCAGUGGACAGCCUCUCUUGGGAGUUCAUAGUCUCCACCGUCGACGACAGCAACCUCGUGUACCCCCCCAAGGACGGGGUCUGGGUUCGGGGCCUGUACCUGGAGGGUGCUGGCUGGGACCGGAAGAACUCGUCUUUGGUGGAGGCAGAGCCCAUGCAGCUGGUGUGCCUGAUGCCCACCAUUCACUUCCGUCCAACGGAGAGCCGCAAGAAAAGCGCCAAGGGCAUGUACUCCUGCCCCUGCUAUUACUACCCCAACCGGGCAGGCAGCACGGACCGAGCCUCCUUCGUCAUAGGCAUCGAUCUCCGCUCGGGAGCCAUGACGCCCGAUCACUGGAUAAAGAGAGGCACCGCGCUGCUGAUGAGCCUGGACAGCUGAUGAGGCCCCCACCCACACCCCUCCCUCCCGCUUGAGGGGCUCGGAGGCCCUUGAACUGACAGCUGGAGCUCAGGCUUGGCUCUCGGAAGAAUCCAGCCUAUAAUGGCGCCUGAAGGUACCCCGUGGCGCCAGCCGUCAGGGUGGAAGACUUGUGUGGAGCUCAGCGCAGUAAAACACGUGCAAACCCAA